GUCUGGAAGUCACAGGGCAAAGAAACAAUUCUGGAACAGCUUGCUGUGGAUUAAGAACUGGUAGACAUUCCCCAUCAGCUGCUGCUGUGGAACAUCUGGCUAAGAGAUGAUGGAAAUGUUCAACUGCCUCUCCAACAGUGUGGGAUCUUCUGGGCCUGAUGACCUUUUCGAAGAUGACUCCUAUUCUCCGUCCUCUCUGUCCUCCCUCUCCUCCUCAUCUGUCCCCACCGUGGAGGCCCUGCAGGGGAAAAGCCUCUGCACCGCCUGUGGUCUGGAUAUAGUGGACAGAUACCUGCUCAAGGUAAACAACAUGUGCUGGCAUGUGCGUUGUCUCGUGUGCAGUGUUUGUGGGACAUCGCUGGGGCGACAUGUAAGCUGUUAUAUCAAAGACAAACAAGUUUUCUGCAAACUCGACUACUUCAGGACGUAUGGGACACGUUGUGCUCGAUGUGGUCGUAACAUCCAUUCAAAUGACUGGGUACGUCGCGCAAAAGGCAGCACCUACCACAUGGCAUGUUUCUCCUGCAGCUCCUGCAAGCGCCAGCUGUCCACUGGGGAGGAGUGUGGCCUGCUGGAUAAGAGAGUCUUCUGCAUGCCACACUACGAAAUUAUGUUGGAGAAUCUCAAACGAGCCAAAGAAAACAUGGACAACGAGGGGGAUAAAGAUGAUUCCAGCACAAAGUCCAGGCCCGCUAAGAGAGCCAGGACCAGCUUCACAGUUGAACAGCUUCAGGUGAUGCAGACCCAGUUUGCUGAAGAUAACAACCCAGAUGCCCAGACUCUGCAGAAACUGGCAGACAGGACUGGACUCAGUCGUAGGGUUAUUCAGGUUUGGUUUCAAAACUGUCGCGCUCGUCAAAAGAAACACGUCAACCCAAGUCCCGCAUCUUCAGUCAUGAUGUCUUCGUUUAAUCCUGGUUCCAUGGCAGCACCGUGCAUGGAUGAUCUGCAGUACACAACCUUUAUGUCUUCAGAUGCACCGCUGCUCACUGCGUUGACUUUCAUGGAAGUCCAGUCUCCAGAAACGGUUAUGCUUCAGCCUCUGCUUUCCCAUUCAAUGACAGCGUUGCCGGUCAGCCAUGCCUGAUGUUCACAACUGAAGCUGAUUGAGGACGAUGUGCAAAUCUUUAUUAUUUAUUGGAAGAUCCUCUGAGGAUACAUCAAACUAUAUUUAGCUAAAUUUUUACUGCUGCCACAUGUGUUGAUGACAUUUAAAAGUACAAUUUAAGUUAGAACAUUAAUUUAAGUCUAACAUUUAUGAAUGAGAAGAUCAAAAUGACUUGAAAAUAUUGAGAACUGUAACAUGAAACUUUUGUUUAUAUGUAUAUGCAACCCAUUUGUAUAUAAUUUUUUGAGCUUUGUUGUGAAGUUUUAAGGUUUUUUUCAAGACUACUGAAGAAUUCAUUGGUUGGGUUAUGCAAAAAAUUAAAUCCAUGAGAGAUGGUACAUUAAGGGAGCAAGUCUCCAGUUUCCUUUAGUGUUAAUAUCCACUUAUUAUAUAUGUUACAUUUAUGCACACAUAAGCACUACUCCACAUGCAGUGCCACAGAGUUUGACACAUUCACCUGGUGAAGUUGAAUGAAUUUUUCUUUAGAUAUGGUGAAGUUUGUACUGGCAUGGAUAAAGUAUUAAAUGUUCUGAGUUCUGAAAUGGUUGUAAAUAUUGAAUUCCUUCCUGUAUGAACUGAAUUGCACACUGGGAAUAAAUGUU